AUGCAGUUCUCCGAUCGUCAAAAAUACUGGACUCUUCUCGCUCGUCCGAAACCGACGCAACCGAAAAAUGGAUUCUCUAAGGCUUGUGGCCAAAAACCUCAUGAUCGACUCGGUACAAAACCAUCUGCCGGAAACCACGUGAGAGUAAUCGAAGACGUCACCAACAUGUCAAUAUUUGACUCCACUUCUUCAACCAUGGCUUCUCCCGCUGCCUCUUUGAACUCAAGUUCGGUUUCUACGCCAGGGGAUUCAAGCAGACGCUCCUCGAAUCGUAAAAGACAUCGUCCUCCUCGCUAUAGUCCUCCAUAUGGUUCCGACACUUCAAUUAUGGCAUCGGAUGUUUCUCAAAAUCCACCGUCCCACAACGUCUCCGACUUCUUGUCUUCACCAGUUUAUUAA